CUUUUCAUGACAUAAUAGGGCAGCCUUGUAUGGACACAAAACUUCAUUCAGAGAGAAAAAAAUGGCUAGUCAAGAGAGUUUCAGACGAGGGGACGCAGUUAUAUUUAUAGUUCCUCAUAAAAUUCAGCGGAAAAGACUUGAGGACAUGAAGAUUUCAAUGAAAAAGAAGAAUAUUCCUCUGGCUGAAUCUCUUGGACCAAAUGUAACACAUGUUGUUACAGAAUUUGAAAGUGUUGAACAAGUUGAAAAAGUUCUCAAAAAAGAAGGAUGGGAAUUACCUAAGACUGCCCAUUUGGUUGUGAUAAAAUGGUUAACAGAAUGUCUGAAGGCUUCUAAAAUUAUUGAUGUUCAACAAAGCCACAAACUGAAACGGACUGAAGAAACAGAAUCAGGGGACAAAGAGGAGGAUGGUAACCUUACCGUUCCUGAAUGGGCUUGUCAGAGGGUGGCCAGACUUGUGCACCUUAAUAAAAAAUUAACAGAUGCAAUUGAAGUGUUACAGGAGCACGCAGAGCUGAGAGAUGGCCACCAGGAUUACUCCAGAGCUCUGGCCUUCAGACGGGCAUCUUGUGUCCUGAAAAGUCUCCCCUUCGCAGUGCAAGAUGUGAGACAAUUGGAAGGUCUCAAAGAUGUUGGAGGACAUGUGAAACGAGUAUUGUCAGAUUUGCUUGAUAAUGGCUCAAGUUCUGAGGUUCAAGAAAUACUCAACUCCAGUUGGUAUCAAAAGAUGAAGCUGUUUACAAGUGUUUUUGGCAUCGGUCCCUCAACGGCAAAGAAGUGGAUUGACAAUGAACUGGAGUCUAUUAAAGAUGUGAAGAGGAACAGUGUUAGAAGCUCUGACUGGCGAGUGAUAUGGGGUUUAGCCUUUUUUGAGGAUUUGAACUCUCCGGUUUUGCGCUCAGAGGCAGAUCGUUUCCUUUCCAUUGUGCAGCAAGAAGCAGAGAAACUACUACCUGGAGUCAUUGUGCAACUUUGUGGUGGAUUUCGGAGGGGAAAGUCAAGUGGCCAUGAUGUUGAUAUAUUACUCACGCACCCAAAGGAGGGCUCAGAACUGGGGUUGUUACACAACUUGCUGCUGGCACUGGAGAAGAAAGACCUGAUUCUUAUUGGUCAUAAAGAGAAAAGUAGCUUCAGACAAGAAAUUUUGUUCCAAGACUUUAAGCUUAGCAUGAGAGGACAGUUGGAUCAUUUUGAAAAGUGGCUGGGAAUUUGCAAGUUUCCUAAAAGUUUUCAAGAGCAACGGCUGGACUCCUGUCUGCAUAAUGAUGAUUCAAACUCAAAUUCAAACUGUUUAUCAGAUCAUGCUGCACAAGAUUUGGAUUCAGUGAAACACUGUGAACAUUCUGAAGCAGACACUCAAACUCAAACACAGGGCAACAGUCAGCUUCACAAGGCUUCACAGGAAAAGAGUUCAGAAGGAACAGUGCCAACAUGUCAUAGUUUGAAUGAGUCAUUUGAUGGCACUUCUUAUGAACCCAGUGCUAAAAAGGCAAAAUGUGGCUCCUCCCUUGAUGCAUGUCCAGACGACUUGGCAGACUCCGAAAGAGACUGGGUGGCUCGUAGGGUUGACUUGAUUAUAGCCCCUUAUUCUCAGUACUACUAUGCCUUGGUCGGAUGGACAGGGAGUAAACAUUUUAACAGGGAUGCAAGACUCUAUGCUCAGAAGGUUCUUGGCCUAAAACUAACCAGUCACGGACUUUUUGACAUGGCAAAGAAAGAGGCUCUUCCAAGUUCCAGUGAAGCUGAAGUUUUUCACCAUCUCAAGCUGCCAUACAGAGAUCCUGAGGACAGAAACUGCUGAGUUUGACCCUCUUCAUGUAAUGGAAUUUGAUAUCAAGAUUACCAGGAGUCAUCACAACUCUUGUUCAGUGUGAAAAUCAAGCUCGUGCCCACUCAUGGUCAAGUUGUAAAAUCUAGAAUUUAUAAAUUGUAUUAUAAUAAACCUACUGGUAUCCCGCAACAUUGAUUUGGGUAAUA